AACAGGAGAGGAGUUUGUUAAUGUCGGUCAAGUAAUUUAAUACAUUAUAUUCAUCGACACUGUUGUUGGGUCUUCUACUCUCCUCAAUUCCACGCACCUCCACCUUCUCUGCAACUACAUUUGAGAGAGACAUAUAGACAGACAGACAGAUAGACCGACACACCCGAACAUCCUAGAGAGAGAGAGAGAGCGAGCCAUAUUCUGUGUCCAGAGCUGUGAGUUUGUGAAGAAAGGGGUUUACUUUGAUCUGAAUCAGGGUCAAUUGGGUUAGUUGACUUGGGAUUUGAGAUGGGUUUUGGUUUAAUUUAGUUUUUGAUUGGGUAAAAAGAGAAGAGAAGAAGAGAGCACGAUGGCUUGGAAGAGCAGAGGAGUAGAGCCAGCUUCGAAGAGUGUGGUGUCUCGGAGAUGGACUCUACUGCUUUGUAUUGGAUGCUUCUGUGCUGGGAUGCUCUUCUCUGAUAGAAUGUGGACAGUGCCUGAAGUUAAAGGUAUAUCAAGGACAACAAAGAUUGAAGAUGAAAAGCUAAAUUUAGUUUCAGAGGGUUGUGAUUCAACAACUAAGGAUGUAAAGCGUGACUCCGAAAACAUUCUAGGGGAAGUUUCAAAGACUCACAAUGCUAUACAUGCAUUGGAUAAAACAAUUUCAAAUUUGGAGAUGGAAUUAGCUGCUGCAAGAGCUACACAGGAAUCUAUACUCAACGGUUCUCCCAUAGCAGAAGAUCAUAAAAUUUCCGAAUUAAGUGGGAAAAGAAAAUACUUGAUGGUUGUAGGGAUCAAUACUGCUUUUAGCAGCCGCAAGCGAAGAGAUUCAGUUCGUGCUACUUGGAUGCCUCAAGGUGAUAAAAGAAAGAAGCUUGAGGAAGAGAAGGGAAUUGUAAUUCGGUUUGUAAUAGGUCACAGUGCUACAUCAGGCGGUAUCCUUGAUAGAGCUGUUGAAGCUGAGGACAAAAAGCAUGGGGAUCUCUUGAGGCUGGACCAUGUUGAAGGUUACCUUGAAUUGUCAGCCAAGACGAAGACAUACUUUGCAACUGCUGUUGCUUUGUGGGAUGCGGAUUUCUAUGUCAAAGUUGAUGAUGAUGUACAUGUAAAUAUAGCAACACUUGGAGCAACUUUGGCUAGACACCGGUCAAAGCCCAGGGUGUACAUUGGAUGCAUGAAAUCUGGUCCAGUCCUUGCUCAAAAGGGAGUAAGAUACCAUGAACCUGAGUAUUGGAAAUUUGGCGAGGAAGGAAACAAGUAUUUCCGUCAUGCUACAGGGCAGCUAUAUGCUAUUUCAAAAAAUUUGGCUACUUAUAUAUCAAUCAACCAGCACGUGCUACACAAGUAUGCUAAUGAGGAUGUUUCCUUGGGUUCAUGGUUCCUUGGAUUGGAUGCAGAGCAUAUUGAUGACCGGAGAUUAUGUUGCGGUACACCACCUGAUUGCGAGUGGAAGGCUCAGGCUGGCAACGUCUGCGUUGCUUCUUUUGAUUGGACCUGCAGUGGGAUUUGCAAGUCUGCUGAGAGGAUCAAGGAGGUUCACCGGCGGUGUGGAGAAGGAGAGAAUGCUUUAUGGACUGCAGAGUUCUGAGAGAUAAUAGUUCUUCCAAACUCAGGAGGAGCCAAAUGCAUGGCAUCAAGUCUGUUUUAGAAAAUAUUUGUAGCAUUAUCAAGAUGUAAAUGUGAUGGAUACAGACGAAGGGGAGGGGGGCUUUGCAGGUUGGUUUCUUUUCCUGCGAUUCUACUCCAUUUUAGAUUAGGAGAGAGACCCAAUAGCAGACCUAAAAGAGAAAGAGAUUGUAGUAGUCAUUCUUUAAUUGCUUGGACGGCCAAUUUGUAAGUUUGGUGGCUAAUGUGGCUCCAUAAUAAGCGUCUAUUUGGGCUAGCAUCUGCUGCCCAUUGCCAAAUUCAUUAGUGAAUUUUUCUGUUGAACUUUUGAUAGCUUUUGUUCCCUUUUCAUUGUUACAUGUAAAAUGAUGAUGAAUAUAUCCAAUCUUAUGAUUAUCUCUUUCCUUGA